GAGAGAGAGAGAGCGUGGCGUGCGUCUGCACACAUAGACAGACAAAGAAGACGGUGAAACGGGAGAACGCGCUUUAUUCCUCUCUCACGUUGAAAACGGCCAGAAAACAAUGAGCAGAGCGGCGUCGAGGCGGGACGCGUGAUUUUACCGCGCGUUGGAGUUUGAUUUAUUUUAUUGAUGCUUUUAAAACGGACUUUUUCUCCAACCGCCCCCCAACAAUUAGCAGCUCCGCUAGCGGUUAGCAUCAUCAUCACCCUCAUCCUCCAGAAAACACGAGAUAAGAGCGGCAAGCGGCGCGGGAGGACUUAAGUUUCGGUUGGGUGUCUGAUGCACACGCGGGGUUACUAUGCCCAGUCCCUUGUUUCAUCCCGAUAUCAUGGAUCACGAGAUGGUUGUGAGCAGCACCGGGGCCCGGGAGAGCGAGCAGGAGUCCCGGGACGAGGAGCACCAGGAGGCGCUUCGCUUCGCCCUGGAUCAGCUGUCACUCAUGGCUCUGGAGAAGGUGGACUGUCUGGACGGGACCACCGGGGAGAACUGUAACGGAGGGGGUGGUUACGUGGACCUGCAGAUGCUCGAGCACUCGAACGGUUCGCGGGAGUCUCCCGGUUCCUGCUCGCCCUCUCCGGAGUACGGGUACCACAUGGCCAGCCCGCACUCCUCCAUCCUCGGGGAACAAAGCUCGGUGCUCCGCAAGAGAAGUGUCAACAUGACCGAGUGUGUGCCCGUGCCCACGUCAGAGCAUGUGGCGGAGAUCGUCGGCAGACAAGGUUGUAAGAUCAAAGCUCUGCGUGCAAAAACAAACACCUACAUCAAAACCCCCGUGAGAGGAGAAGAGCCCGUGUUCAUCGUGACGGGUCGCCGCGAAGACGUGGAGAUGGCGAAGCGAGAGAUCAUCUCAGCAGCCGAGCACUUCUCCAUGAUACGAGCCUCGCGCUGCAAAGCGGGCGCUAGCGGGCCCGGCACUAGCAGCUCCCUUCCCGGCCCGCCGAACCUCCCGGGACAGACCACCAUCCAGGUGCGCGUUCCCUACAGAGUCGUGGGUCUAGUGGUGGGACCCAAAGGAGCCACGAUCAAACGCAUCCAGCAACAAACGCACACCUACAUCGUGACUCCGAGCCGAGAGAAAGACCCAGUGUUCGAGGUCACCGGGAUGCCUGAGAACGUCGACCGCGCGCGGGAGGAGAUCGAAACGCACAUCACGUUACGCACCGGCGCAUUCGUCGACCUCCAAGGCGAUAACGACUUCCACAGCAAUGGGACGGAUGUGAGUUUAGAAGGGCUCGGGGCGCUCGGGUUUAGCAGCGCGCUUUGGUCGCGUGCGACUCAUUCGGCUCCGCCCCCUCCUCCGCCACCAUCGCAGCUUCACCAAUCCACACGCAAAAUGUCAUUAUCAAACGCCGCAGAGUCGUUCUCGGUGAGCCGUCGCGCGGCAGACGCCGGAAGCCCAACGAGCCCCUUUAGCACGAGCAGCGCCGGCGGGAGCUUCUCAUUCGCCGGCGGCGACUCGACUCCGAAUUUGCCGGCGACCACCGACGAUUUGGGUUUUGAAUUUGGCGCCGCUAACAUCUGGGCUCCUUUUGUGAACGGCGCGAAACAGCAGCCGGUUCGGCGCAACAGCAGCGGUCUUAGCAACGGCGCCGUAACCCCGCGGCUAUCGCCCGACCCGGAUCACCCGCUCGCUCGCCGUGCUCAAAGCGACCCGCUUAGCGCCCUCUCCUGGUUGCAGACGAGCGGUGGCGGGUCGUUCUCAGGCGGGAGCAGUAGCAGUAGCGGCGGGAGCACCACCGGUUACUCCUCCUGCUCGGGGUCGUCGCUCCCGGGUGGCUCGCCGACUGACUCUGAAGGUGGUGGAAGUGGUGUUGGCGUCGCUUCUACUAUGUUGGGUCGUCUGAAAGCGGGCGCCCUGGCGGGAAUGGUGCCGCGAGACUGUUACGUGUGUUGCGAGAGCGAAGUGACGGCUGCGCUAGUCCCGUGCGGACACAACCUCUUCUGCAUGGAUUGCGCGGGGCAAAUCUGUCAGUCGCCAGAGCCCGAGUGUCCCGUGUGUCACAUUCCUGCCUCGCAGUGCAUCCGGAUCUUCUCCUAAACUAUUAAAGACUGAGUAAUUAUUAGAUAUGACACUAUUCUGAUUUAUUGACAACAAUAAUAACGAUGAUGAUGAUGACUAUUACCCACUCAAGUACUUGCGUAAUCCUAGCCGUUCAUGUUCAUAUGGGUUUUUUUCCAUUCAUGCUUCUGACUUUUUCUACUCGCAGGUAUUUUACGCUGCACUUUUUGUCUAAUGCAUUUGUUUUUAGAGGGUUGCCACCGCCGCCGUGGUCGUUUUUUAAAUUAUUUUCUAAAGAUCUUGUUGUUUUUCGCAUUCUGUUUUUAAUGCAGUCGACGACGACGGCGGCGUAAAACGCAAGACUGCGUUCAUGUAGACCAAAACACCAGAGAUAUUAAUGCUUAAUAUUUAUACGUAUCUGACGUACUAGUCGAUGUUGAAUCUGAUAGAAUAGUACAUGUUAUAAAUAUCAUAACCGUGCUUUUUUUUGCCACACUACCUUAAAAACAUUCAUGCUCCUCGAUGUUUUAGGGACGAACGUCACAUUAGUUAGUUCAUUCCAACAAUCUACACUCCUGAAACAGGGUCGCUGGUUUUUACAGUUAAACGUGGACGUGUGGAAACUACAUCUGUUGUGAACAGCGCCCUCUAUCAAGAGGGUUUUGUAAGUUUACUCGAAUGUUUCUCUUUGUUGUGAGUGUGUGUUUGUGCAGGUGAAACUCGAAAAAUUACAAUAUCGUGAAAAAGUGUGAAACUAAUAUAUUAU